UUACUCUCGGGGGAGGAGAAGAAGGCGAGAUGUGAAGCGGAAUACAACUUUCACCCUUUGAUAUUUUCCUCCUCGGCCAUUUCCCUUACUCGUCACCAUGGAUAAACUGACGAUCAUCUCCGGCGCGCUGUUCCUUGCCGCUGACGUGUUCGCGGUGGUGAGCCUCGCCAUGCCCGACUGGAUUGUUUCUGACAUUGGAGGUGAUACUCGCCUGGGACUGCUAUGGACAUGUGAGACUUUAUAUAAUAGAUCUCAGGUCUGCUAUGCACCUUCCCUUGGAGGAGCAUGGCUGGUGACACUAGGAUGUGUACUUUUGGGGUGUGUGUGUGUGACGGCAACCAUUGUUUUGCUGGCUCUCUCACACUGCCGAAUCAGUCUCUACAUCAUGGCCUAUGCCCGUUGGGUUGGGUUCACGGCAAUGGUCCUGUUCUGCCUGGCUGCAGUCGUCUUUCCAAUGGGAUUUUAUGUUGAAGAGAUAGGCGGAGAACCUUAUCAACUCCCAAACAGUUUCCAGGUCGGAUAUUCUUACAUAUUUUUUGUGCUAGCUCUUUGGAUGACAGUGGUUUCAGAGCUUUUUGCUGGAAAAGUCUGCCUACCUAAUUUUUAAGUCAUGCAUAUUGAAAAUUGGUGGACAAUGAGCUUUGUAUGAUAAACUUUUUUCUCGUGAGAGAAAGUAAAGAAGAAAAGAAAUAUGAAGGUAUUGAAAUGUGAAAUACCAGAAAAAUGUAAAUAGACAAAAUAAUUGAGAUCUUGUUCAUUUCCAAGUUAUCUGUGAUGUUUGGGACUUGAUAUAGUCAUAAUACAAAGUAACAAGAAGACUAUUAGAAGGAGUAGGUAUAUUUUUGGGUUCUUUUUUCCCCUUUUCUGUUUUAGGUAAUGUACAGGAGCUUUAGUAUUGAACCAAUUAUUUUUUUUCCCAUCAUUUAUAAAUUUGCCAAGCAGUAUGUGAUAUGACUUAUGUGUGACGAUUUGCUACAUUGCUAUUUUAAAGUAAUGUAAUUUUAGUGAAAUAGAUUUUGAAUUACUGGUUUGAUAUUUCGUUUUUUGUUUACAUUUAUAUUGAAUGUAUUGCAAUUUUAGGCACCAAACUUGCUUAAAGUUAUUCCAGAUAAAGAAAGUACAUAUCUAGACAGUGAGAUUUUUAAUUCCAUAAAGCCAUGGAUCACAAUAGGCUUUGAUGACGUAAAAUAACUUAACUGAAAUGUAAUGGUUAUAUAGCUACUAAUUUUUUGUGUUAUGUUGUAGGGAUAAUAGUUAAUGUCAGAACAGAUCUGAGAAAUUGGUGAAAGUUUUGAAUGUGUAUUUUGUCCUUUGUGUUAGUUAUUAGUUUUCUGAAAAUGAACUGUCAAAGAAAAUAGUAUUUUUCCCCCUUUUUUUUUUUUUUUUUUUUUUUUU